CCCUGGUCCCCGGAAGAAGUCCUUGGGCUCUAGUGCUUGUGUGUAGCCCACGAGUGUGCUGGCCAGUCCCGGGGCUGCAGAGCUUGUGGGGGACAGGCCCGAGGAGCUGGGAUCCCACAUCUCAACCUCCCUAAAGCUCGGCCACCUGCAGCAGGGGACGUGGGAGAGGCAGGAGGGACCUCCAGCCUAAUGGCCAUGAGGGACUUUGGCGUGUCUGUCCAGGGCUGGGGCAGGGGACCCUGCUCCUCCAGCAGGGCUGCACAGCCUCCUCUGGCCCAGCUCCACCUCAGGGUCAAAGGUUCUUGGUAAUGACCUUGACUCAUCCCCGUUCCCCUCCCUGCCCCUGCCCACUGCCAGAAAAGAGGAAGGAGUAGGCGCGGUCAGGUGGCACCAAGCUCCCUACACGUUGUGCUGGCUGCUGGCCUGAGCCAGGCGGUCCUCCCAUACUGCCUGUGACCACUGCUCUCCGCCUUUCCCGGCCUCGGUUUCCCUCUGGGGGAAAUGGCAGGACGAACCUCCAUGGUCUCCAGGCUGGCAUUGUAUGGCUGUGACUCGACUAAGGAGCCUCCCCGGGUGAGCUCUCGCCUUUUGGGGGCCUGGCACCCCCCACCCAUCACAGUCAGGAUGCCGACCAGGCGCUGGGCCCCGGGCACUCAGUGCAUCACCAAGUGCGAGCACACGCGCCCCAAGCCGGGGGAGCUGGCCUUCCGCAAGGGCGACGUGGUCACCAUCCUGGAGGCCUGCGAGAACAAGAGCUGGUACCGAGCCAAGCACCACGCCAGCGGCCAGGAGGGGCUGCUGGCGGCCGGCGCGCUGCGGGAGCGCGAGGCCCUGUCGGCGGACCCCAAGCUCAGCCUCAUGCCGUGGUUCCACGGGAAGAUCUCGGGCCAGGAGGCGGUGCAGCAGCUGCAGCCCCCCGAGGACGGGCUGUUCCUGGUGCGCGAGUCGGCGCGGCACCCCGGCGACUACGUGCUGUGCGUGAGCUUCGGCCGCGACGUCAUCCACUACCGCGUGCUGCACCGCGACGGGCACCUCACCAUCGAUGAGGCCGUCUGCUUCUGCAAUCUCAUGGACAUGGUGGAGCACUACAGCAAGGACAAGGGUGCCAUCUGCACGAAGUUGGUGAGGCCCAAGAGGAAGCAGGGCACCCGGUCCGCGGAGGAGGAGCUGGCCAAGGCCGGCUGGCUCCUGGACCUGCAGCACCUGACGCUGGGGGCGCAGAUCGGAGAGGGAGAGUUUGGAGCUGUCCUGCAGGGCGAGUACCUGGGGCAGAAGGUGGCCGUGAAGAACAUCAAGUGCGACGUGACAGCCCAGGCCUUCCUGGACGAGACCGCGGUCAUGACGAAGCUGCAGCACAAGAACCUGGUGCGGCUCCUGGGCGUGAUCCUGCACCAGGGGCUCUACAUCGUCAUGGAGCACGUGAGCAAGGGCAACCUGGUGAACUUCCUGCGCACCCGCGGCCGGGCCCUGGUGAACAACGCCCAGCUCCUGCAGUUCUCGCUGCAUGUGGCAGAGGGCAUGGAGUACCUGGAGAGCAAGAAGCUGGUGCACCGAGACCUGGCCGCCCGCAACAUCCUGGUCUCUGAGGACCUGGUGGCCAAGGUCAGUGACUUCGGCCUGGCCAAAGCUGAGCGGAAGGGGCUGGACUCAAGCCGGCUGCCUGUCAAGUGGACAGCGCCUGAGGCUCUCAAACAUGGGAAGUUCUCCAGCAAGUCGGACGUCUGGAGUUUUGGGGUGCUGCUGUGGGAGGUCUUCUCAUACGGACGGGCUCCAUACCCCAAGAUGUCGCUGAAGGAGGUGUCGGAGGCCGUGGAGAAGGGCUACCGCAUGGAGCCCCCCGAGGGCUGCCCUGGGCCCGUGCACGCCCUCAUGGGCAGCUGCUGGGAGGCAGAGCCCUCCCGCCGGCCACCCUUCCGCAAGGUGGCAGAGAAGCUGACCCGGGAGCUACGCAGUCUGGGCACCUCGGCCACCGUGGGGGCACAGGACGCCGACGUGUCCACUCCGCCCCGAAGCCAGGAGCCGUGACCCCACCGGGCAGGGCCAUGGGCCCCAGAGGACCAAGAGAGCAGCAGGGAGCCCGGGGCGGGGACCGGCCAGGCCCAGGGAAGGCCAGGC